UAAAGUGCAUUCCAAUUCUUGGUCUGUAGCCAAGCUGCUAUUUUGGGUUUCUUUUUAAUUUUUGUUGUUAUCAGACACAACUAAUCCUUAAAAACUGGAAGGAUCUUGAAUUGCUAUGAAUUCUUUUGAUGAACCGAUUAUCUAUACUGUUGUGUAUAUAUGGCUGCAGAAUUUUGGGAGUUGAACCGAUUUUGGUUUAGUGUUGUGAGAACUGAAUUGGGGAUGAAUGAGAAGUUUUCAGCUGCAUUUUGUAUGUUGGGUGGAUAAAUUUUGGGUGUGGGGCUUUGCUUGAAAUGUACUUUGUAUAUCCCGAGACUUCGGUUGAGGAAAUGGGGUUUGCUCUGAGUAGAUUGGAAAUAGAUUCUGGACUGUUCGAUGGCUCAAGUCAUGGUAAUUCUGAGGUUGCGAAGAUGGCUCAGCAUGACGGGCAUUUACAUUGUUUGGACCAUGAAAUUGCUCAGCUCACGAGGCUUAGAUCCAAACCUAAUGAAAACUUGAGCAAGGUGUUAGGUGUGAAGAAGGAUGUUCCCGUUUCGAUUGUCAAGAUGCUAGUUGGCAGAGAAGCAAAUUACUCGGGGAGAGGAAGUUUCUCGUCGGCUGAUCGUUGUCAUGUUUUAAGUAGGUAUCUGCCUGUAAAUGAUCCUUGCGUUGUAGACCAGAUGCCAACGAGGGCUUAUGUAUCGCAGUUUUCUACUGAUGGCUCUCUAUUCAUAGCUGCAUUUCAGGGAAGCCACAUUCGAAUAUAUAACGUAGAAAAAGGCUGGAAAAUCCAGAAGGAUAUUCAGGCCCAAAGCUUGAGAUGGACAGUUACCGACACAUCUCUUUCACCAGAUCACCGGCAUCUUGUCUAUGCUACGAUGUCACCCAUUGUUCACGUUGUAAAUGUUGGAUCUGGUACCACCGAAUCGGUUGCAAACGUCACUGAGAUCCAUGAAGGUUUGGACUUUUCCUCUGAUGACGAUAACGGCUAUUCUUUUGGAAUCUUUUCCGUAAAGCACUCCACUGAUGGUCGGGAAGUUGUAGCUGGGAGCAGUGAUGAUGCGAUUUAUGUUUACGAUCUUGAAGCAAAUAAACUUUCCCUUAGGGUUUCUGCACAUGGGUCCGAUGUCAACACCGUUUGUUUCGCUGAUGAAAGUGGUAACCUUAUUUAUUCUGGGAGUGACGACAAUCUCUGUAAGGUUUGGGACCGACGUUGCAUUAGAACCCAAGGUAAAUCGGAAGGAGUGCUUAUGGGACACCUUGAGGGUAUUACUUGUGUUGACAGCCGGAGAGAUGGCCGCUAUCUCAUAUCAAAUGGUAAAGAUCAAGCAAUCAAGCUUUGGGAUAUCCGCAAAAUGUCCUCCAACUCUACUUGCACGGGUGGGUGGUAUAGGAAUUACGAAUGGGAUUACAGAUGGAUGGACUACCCUCCUCAGGCGAGAUACCUGAAGCACCCCGGUGAUCAAUCGGUGGCUACUUAUAAGGGCCAUGCAGUAUUGCGUACUCUGAUUCGCUGUUACUUCUCCCCGGCAUAUAGCACGGGCCAGAAGUAUAUUUACACCGGAUCUCAUGACAAGUGCGUUUAUGUCUAUGACUUGGUGAGCGGUGCCCAAGUGGCGAAACUGAAGCACCAUAGAUCGACUGUAAGAGAUUGCAGCUGGCACCCGCAUUAUCCAAUGCUCGUUAGCUCUUCGUGGGAUGGGGAUGUCGUGAAAUGGGAAUUUGCAGAGAAUGGAGAGGCGCCAACUCCUGCAGAACGAGAGCAGCCUCGAAGAAGAUGAUCCCCAAGAUGACAAUAGCAGCCAUGUUCUGCUGUACUGUUACUGCUGCAUUCAUGAAAACUGCAACGUUCAUAUGAAUUCGCAAGUUUUAGCUUAUGAAAUAAAGUGAUUUGUGAAUAUUUUGGACUGUAAAUAUGAUGAUUCAUGGGGGAUUAUAGACACCAUAUAUAUGCACAGAUUGAAACCGAACCCACUCGGGUUUUCUUAGUGCUUGUUUGACCAACAACUUACAUACUUCU